AUGAGAAAUACCAUAAAUAAUUGUGUUGAAACCAUAACAUACACUGCUUUUCACAAUCACAGAGAAACUGGAGAUUUAGUAGGAGUUCAAGACUUUGUUCAUUCAAAGGAAUUUGAUUUGGAAAGAUAUUCUUGUGCAGGAUGGUUCCCACAGGAAUCAUUCCUCGUAGGUGUGCUGAGAUUUUUUGAAACAAACAAGACAUGCUGUGAACUUUUAAGUGGGCAAUCUCUUGAAAAUAGAAAGUGCCCCCAGAAUUAA